AUGGCAGGCCGACUAAAGGUUCAGCGUCCCUCUCCGACGACCGUCUCCUUCACGGUAUCGAACGCGCCCCAGCGGUCGAGUUCCCCCGCUAAAAUCUUAUUCGGUCUUCAAGUACUGCUGCGUACGGUUUUAUUUUUCUGUGUGAUCGGUGUCGGCAUUGCGCGCGUCCGAAAUUUCUUUUUCCAAGAAGAUGAGGAAUCGCUCUUGGUUAUUCGAGGUUUCGGAAUCCAAACCUCGACAUCGUCCUCGACCUAUCUUUCUACUGCCUCAACAAGGUUCAUUCCUACCACGCAAAUCCAGGACAUUGUGAUUCACGAAGCCUUCAAGGGCUUCGAAGUCCGCUUCUAUUUGGCGGUCAUUGUUGAAGGCGAGCCCGAUGCCCUGGUUGUCUUCCCGCAUAUGUUGCCCAAGCGAGAGAUCUUAGAGCAGGUUUGGAGGGGUUCUCGGCGGUGUCUUUACGACGCGAAGUCAUGA